GUGGACGUCAUCCGUGGAUCAUGCGUCCUCUGUGCAUGUCCCCUAACCCCACUAGUUGUGCACUGAUAAGUUCAAAUAAAAAUAAAUAAUUAAGUCUUAUAACAUAUUUAACAAAAUCCAGGGCUUCUGUAUUUAUAUAGGAUCAUAAAAUACAUUUCUUUAACUCAUUAUGGUUUUUGGUGAGACGAUUGAUGCGGGAGAUUCCCCAAAUUUCUUCACUGAUUUUCAUGGUGUUCAAAAGCUCAAAGUUAUCCAAGAUACCAAUAUAAGCACAUUAGAGUGUGAAUAUGAAAGAUUACAAGAUGUUUUCAAAUACUCAGCAGAUCCAAAAGCCGCGGAAGGGUUAUUGUACUUGAGAUAUAUUCAAGAUAUUGUCAAGAAACAGGUCUCAGCCCAGAUUCAAGAUGAUGUUCCUAUACAAGAAAUUGUAUAUAAAGUAGUUAAUAAAGUUGUAAAGAAAUAUAAGUUAAGUAAGGAGGUUGACAAGGAUGUAUUCUGUAAAUUAUCACAGAGUCAUUUAGAGAAAAUAGAGCAGGUUUUAGAGACCAUAGCUGAUAUGAUUCCUAACAACCACUAUGAAAAGCAGCCUUCAAAAGCAGUAUUAAAAAAUGUCAAAUAUGAUCCUAGUGAUAUCAUAGGGUCACUAAAUCCUUUGUAUUAUGUACCACUCGUAGAUGAUUUUACAGAGUUGGAGGAUAUACUAAAAAAAUCCCAAAAAAAUGAUAUAUCAUUUCUGUAUGUAAAACCACCAGAUACAUCAAAUUCAACCACUUUAAUGGCUUCAAAAACAACUGGCAAAAAUAAUGUUUUCCAUCUAGAAGAAUUAUUUAAUUGCUAUAGUGAACUAAUACCUCACUAUAAUUAUGAAGAAUUUAAAACCAUUGUUCACAGAGAACUAAACUCUAAUAAAAAUGAUAAUGAGGUUAUGGACUACUUUUUGGAAACAUUUGGCUGUCUUGCAUUUGAUUUUUUGAACGAACUUGUUAAACAUAGAGACUCAAAAAUAAGUUAUUAUGAUAGUAAGGCUGUUGGGGGAAAUGGUGUUAGAACAAAAAAUCCUCCAGAAGGAUUGAUAGCUGGUACUGUUACAGUACAGUCAGAAAAAGAGAGCAUAUUGUCUAAAAAAUUGAGGAAAAUGGAAAAAAAGGAUAGAGGAAAAUAUACAAACACAGAAAUCAAGCAGACCGAGGUUGAAUAUGAGGUAGCAAAAAGUACUCCUCUGUUUAAGAAAGCUGUACCGCAAGCCUUGGAUCCUGACGAAUAUCCACAUGUGCAUGACCAAAUGAGGAACCAUGUGAUUACAACAAAAUACGAAGGUGUAUCUAUAGUGCAACCUGAAAAUGCAAUAAAGAGAGUAACGUCAGAUUAUGCCGAAUUCACUAUCCCUGGCGGCAAAAAAGGUGACGUAGACGACAUGGAGCUGGUGAAGGUGAAGUCUCUCGAUCCUACUGGUCAGCUGGUAUUCAGGGACAUCAAGGAGUUCAAUAGGAUACAGUCAGAAGUAUUUCAUGUAGCCUACCAUUCCAAUGAGAACAUGUUGGUGUGUGCACCCACAGGUGCUGGCAAGACGAACAUCGCGCUUUUGGCCAUUGUCCAUCAGAUCAGAAGCCACAUGGAAGGAAAUCUCAUCAGGAAAAAUGAUUUCAAGAUCAUUUAUGUUUGUCCCAUGAAGGCAUUAGCCACAGAAAUGGUAAGCAAUUUCUCAAAAAAACUGGCUCCAAUCGGUAUUUCAGUAAAAGAAUGCACUGGAGAUAUGCAACUAACUAAAAAAGAGAUUGCAGAGACGCAAAUGUUGGUGACUACUCCUGAAAAAUGGGACGUCAUCACAAGGAAGGGCGCUGUCGAUACCGAGGUUGUCAGUUUGGUGAAGCUCCUAAUCAUCGACGAAGUUCAUUUACUAAAUGGCAGCAGAGGUCCCGUUAUCGAAGCCUUGGUCGCUAGAACAUUGCGUCAAGUCGUCAGCAGUCAGAGCAUGAUUAGAAUCGUUGCUUUAUCGGCAACACUGCCUGGCUACCUCGACGUUGCCAGCUUUCUCAAGGUGAAUAGUCGCUCAGGACUGUUCUUCUUCGACAACAGAUUCCGGUCAGUGCCGCUGACGACUAGUUUUAUUGGCUGCAAGAAAAAGAACGAAACCGAGACCAUGGACAUGGUGUGUUACGAGAAAGUGGUGAAUUUCGUGAAAGAUGGUCACCAAGCAAUGGUCUUCGUGACUUCUAGAAAUGCCACAGCCUCAGUGGCGAAGAAGUUGAUCGAAAUUGCUCAAGUGAAAGGGACUUUGCGCCUGUUUGAACCAGAAAAGAACGUCAAAAUCGCCAGAUCGGGAUAUAAGAGUGCUGAUCUCAACUAUUUAAUUCAGAUGGGGUUUGGAAUACAUCAUGCAGGAAUGGUUAGACAGGACCGACUGGAAGUAGAAAGAUUAUUCAGAGUAGGAGAACUCAAAGUUAUUGUCUGUACAACCACUUUGGCUUGGGGUGUAAACUUGCCAGCACAUGGAGUCAUAAUUAGGGGUACUCAACAUUAUGAUGCCACAAAGUCCACAUUUGUUGAUAUGGAUAUGCUUGACGUGCAGCAGAUAUUCGGAAGAGCUGGUAGACCUCAAUAUGACACAUCGGGCCAUGGAAUUAUAAUCACUUCCAUGGUGAACAUGUCAAAGUAUAUGGGACUUAUGACGUCUCAGGUACCCAUAGAAAGUCAGUUCUUAAAUUGUAUACCAGACAACCUGAACGCUGAGAUUGUACUUGGAACUGUUUCUAAUAUUAAAGAAGCAAUGGAAUGGCUUGCGAAUACAUUUUUGUAUGUAAGAAUCCAGAAAAAUCCCCUGGUUUAUGGAUUGACGUACAAUGAACUUUGGGACUCUAGCAAUUUCAACAGAUUUUUGCAAAAACAACUAGAUGAUGCAUCCCAGAUAUUGGAACAGUCUCAAAUGAUUCGAUUCGAUACAAGCUUAGGGGAGCUCAGGCCUACGAAUUUUGGCAGGAUCGCAAGUUUCUACUAUAUUUCAUACAGAACCAUGGCUCUAUUUUAUGAGAAGUUUGACAGAUAUAUAUCCGAAGCUGGGUUAUUGCAACUGAUAGCGGAAGCUGCAGAAUUCGACCAAAUACAGGUUAGGAUGGAUGAAAUACACGAGCUAGAUCGUCUGCGAGAAUAUAACGAAUAUGAUGUCAGUUUGGAUUUCACUAACCGAGUGUCCAAGGUUAUCAUCCUGAUACAAGCAUACAUUGGCAGAGCUCUUAUCAGGGUAUCGUCUCUGAUAUCUGACACCCUGUUUAUCAUGCAGACUGUUGUGAGACUAGCAAGAGCCUUAUUUGAGAUAGCAAAGGACAAAGACUAUGCCCUCCAAGUAUCUAGAACCCUGACAAUCGCUCAAAUGUUAGAACAACAGUUGUGGCCCGACUCUCACCCAUUGUUGCAAUUCAAAGAGUUGGUUCCUCACUUGAGUACACACAGGGCAUCAGAAAUCAUGAACAUACCCAUUGAGGAUAUGAAGGAACUCUCAGAAGGGGAAUUGGUCGCCAUGUUCCGCAGCAAACAUGUCGGGGCUAGAGUCAGACAUUUUUGUCAGAUUUUUCCACAUAUAGAGGUUGAUGUUAUUGUCAAACCGAUCACUGAAGGUGUCAUCAGGGUAAGGUUACUUAUGCAUCCUAAAUUCAAAUGGGACCAUAGCGUUUGUGGAUCAGUUCAGCAUUACUAUGCAUGGGUUGAAGAUCCUCAACAUGAUAGUAUAUAUCACAUGGAAUCGUUUGUUGUCACAAAGAAGAUGUGCGUAAAUGAAGAACCAAUUGAGUUGGUGUUCACUGUGCCACUUGCCAAACCUUUGUCUUUGGAGUAUUUUGUGAGAGUUGUCAACAGCCAGUUCAUGCAGUCUGAAACAGUCGAAGUAAUAAACCUGGAGGAUCUCAAACUGUUUACAACUGACUCAUUCCAAACUAAAAUAUUAGAUGUGCGACCACUACCUAAGACAGUUCUACAAAACAAGGAAUUUGAAGACCUAUAUCCGUUCACUCAUUUUAACGUUGUUCAAAGUCAAGUAUUCCAUUCCUGCUAUUAUACAGAAACCCCAAUUAUUUUGGGUGCCCCUACUGGUUCGGGAAAAACUAUAGUAGCGGAACUGUGUAUUUUAAGACAAUUUAGACUGGAUCCUACUCUCAAGGUAGUUUAUAUUGCACCAAUGAAAGCUCUGGUAAGAGAGAGAGUCUUGGACUGGAGUAAAAAGUUUUCGAAGAUAAGCAAAAAGGUAGUUGAAGUAACAGGUGAUAUCACGCCAAGAUCUGAGAUUAUAAGAACUGCAAACAUAAUCAUCACAACGCCUGAAAAGUGGGAUGCGAUGAGCAGAAAUUGGAUGGAGAAAGACUUUGUGAAAGACGUCGGGCUGGUUGUGAUAGACGAGAUCCACUUGUUGGGUGAAGACCGAGGUCCAGUUCUUGAAGUAAUCGUUUCUAGAAUGAACUGCAUCAACAAUAAAACCAAAAAAGCUGUCAGGAUAGUUGGAUUGUCUACUGCAAUGGCGAAUCCUGGAGAUCUUGCUUAUUGGCUUGGCGCUGACAAGAGGGGCAUCUUCAACUUUAGUUCCGCAGUAAGACCAGUGCCUCUAGAGAUCCAUCUGCAAGGAUUUGCUGUGAAGCACUAUUGCCCUAGAAUGGCUGCUAUGAAUAAAUCUGUAUACCAAGCUAUCUGUCAAUAUGCACCGGAAAGUUCUGCUUUGAUAUUUGUAUCUUCCAGAAAACAGACCAGAAUUACAGGUUACGAGAUGAUGAAAUUUCUUCUGGGCGAAAGUAAUCCGCAAAAGUGGGUCCACUGUGAAACGGGUGAAUUGGAAAGAGUAAAAGCUAAGAUCAUAGAUCAAGAUCUGGCUCAAUUGCUGACAUUCGGUAUUGGGAUGCAUCAUGCAGCAUUGACUGACAACGAUAGGAGUCUGGUGGAGCAACUAUACGUCGCGCAAAAAAUUCAACUUCUUGUAGCCACAGCCACUUUAGCUUGGGGUGUGAAUUUUCCCGCCAGGUUAGUGAUAGUAAAAGGCACGGAAUAUUUCGACGGCGCGACGAAGCGUUACGUGGACAUGCCCAUCACAGAUGUUAUUCAAAUGGUCGGAAGAGCUGGUCGACCUCAGUUCGAUACGACUGGAGUCGCUUGCGUCAUGGUGCAAGAAAACAAGAAGAAGUUUUACAGGAAAUUUUUGUUCGAGCCUUUCCCAGUGGAGUCAAAUCUGCUAGAAUUUCUGCCGGAUCACGUGAAUGCCGAAAUAGCCAACGAAAACAUUACAUCAAAGGCUCAGUUGAUUGAAUUCAUCCAAUCAACAUUCUUUUAUAGAAGGCUGUUGGCUAACCCGUCUUAUUAUCAAAUGGGACCAAACCAAACACCUGAUCAAUAUGUGAGUGAUUUGGCCGAUUAUGUGAUAGCUACCUUACAGCAACAUGACUGUGUAGUAGAACAAGCUAAGGAGGAAACAGUGUUGCUUUAUGAACCGUCAUUUUUGGGAAUGCUAGCAGCUCAGUAUUAUCUUUCGCAUAAGACGAUUCAUUUUCUCAGCGAACAUAUGGAACCAGAUAGUUCUAUAGAGGAUCUGUUGAAUUUGAUUUGUCAAGUUGAAGAAUAUAGAUUGCUUCCUGUAAGGCAUAACGAGGACAAUAUUAAUAGAGAUCUAGUACGAGAUAUGGGAAUAAAAACUAAUUUUGCUUACGAUUCCCCUGCACUGAAAGCAUUGUUAAUGAUAAAAUGUUAUCUGUUGGAUGUUAACCUCCCAAAUCAGGAGUAUGUUUUAGAUUUGAAAUCGGUUUUGGAUCAGAUUAUCAGGAUUAUACAUGCUAUGAUGAACUUGGCUGCAGGUAGAAACUGGUAUAACUGUACGACAAAACUGAUAUAUUUCUGUCAGAUGUUGAUACAAGGAUAUAUGGUAAAUGUAUCUAAUAUCAUGAUGCUACCAUACAUUAACCGAGGAAACUUCGAGAAACUCGCAGAAAAAAUCUACUUCAUAGCACCUGAUAUCGAAAAUCUAUCUGUGCCAGUACUACGGUAUCUGAUGCAGGACAAAAGAAUGUAUGAUAGGCUUAACUCCGUUUUUGAGGAACUAUUUAAAGAGAAAACCUCUGAAAUAAUGCGAACUGUCAAAGACUUGCCUAUAUUGACAGUGAAAACUACUGUCAAAGACUUAAACACCCAGAAGAAUAUUGAAUGCAAAAUGGACCAAAACUUUUUUAGUAUAAAGACAUCUCCUGAAGCACAGUGUAUGUUUGAAUUGAGCAUUUUUAGAGAAGGUUCUCACAAGAUGAAUGUGUACAGUAAGAAACUCAACAAGAUGAAGGAGGAGUUUUGGUUUUUGAUUUUCAUGGAAGGGGAAAAUUUGACAUUUAGAAAAUUCUCUUUUAGUAAAAGAGUGAAGAGGAUAGAACUGCCCGUCCAGAUGCCAGCUCAAAGAGGUGUGCAUAACUACAAACUCAAUAUAAUGAGUGACUGCUAUAUAGGAUUCGAUCAAAUUCUAACUUAUAAAAUAAAAAUCGAGCAUUGAUCAAUGUGAUACUUUUUAUUUAUACAUAUAAAACUUAUUUAAUUCAAACCUUUAUUUAUGAAAGACGUUACAAAUAUAAUUUAUAUAAAAA